AUGGCGUUGAAAUCGACCGGCCGAAAUCUCUCGUUCGAUGUUCUGAGCAGAAACGGCUCCCUCGAUGAGGAAGAAGAAGCAAUCUUCUACCGAUCCAACUCAGAUCCAAUCCAAUCCAAUCACCACAACAACGACAAGCCCGCCCGACGAAAACGCAAGAAGAAGAAGAAGAACACCACCACCACCCACAGCUCCAUACCCGAAAUCCCGACAAACGCAACCGUUUCGAAUUCCUUCCCUCACAAUUCCAGUAGCAAAAACGGAGAAACCAGCGGGAUUAACGGAAGCGGAUUGGAAUUCAGUUACAGUCAGACCGUGCUGUGCCCUACCACUACGGAGCUCAGCGAUCCGGAGUUUCAGAAAUUGCGUGGCACAGCGGCACUGAGACAGAGGCCUGUCAAUGGGAGCGCCGGAGGAGUUGUCGGUGAAACGCAAACGACGUCGUCCCGCAUUGAAGCCGAGGACAAGGAGGACAGUGGAGUGGAGGCGGGUUCGGUGAGUAAGCAGAGAAGCGAGCCAAAUGGGAACGCGGUCCCGAAAUUGCAGACCGCCGAGUCUUUGGAUUGGAAGCGACUCAUGGCCGAAGAUCCAAAUUAUUUGUUUUCAGUGGACAAGUCGCCAGUCAAGUACUUCAUGGAAGAGAUGUCUAAUGGGAAUUCAUUGCGGAGCACAACAACACUUGGCAAUGAGAAAGAACGAGAGAGAGUUUAUGACACCAUCUUCCGCUUACCAUGGAGAUGUGAAUUGCUUAUAGACGUUGGUUUUUUCGUCUGUUUUGAUUCAUUUCUGUCAUUGCUCACUAUCAUGCCAACAAGAAUUGUAAUGACUCUUUGGAGGCUUCUACAUUCAAGGCAGUUUAAGAGGCCAUCUGCAGCAGAGCUGUCUGAUUUUGGGUGUUUUACUAUAAUGGCUUGUGGAGUCACUCUAUUGGAGCAAACAGAUAUCAGCUUAAUAUAUCACAUGAUCCGCGGUCAAGGAACAAUCAAAUUAUAUGUGGUGUACAAUGUGUUGGAGAUAUUUGAUAAACUCUGUCAAAGUUUUAACCCAGAUGUAUUGCAAACUCUAUUUAACUCGGCAGAGGGGCUUGCCAGUUGCCCACCAGAAAACAUGAGAUUCUGGAUAUGGAGAUUCAUUUGCGACCAAGCUUUAGCUGCAAUUACUUUGUCAACUUGCAUAGUUGCUCACAAUAAUGCCUUGUUGGCUUUGCUGGUAUCCAAUAACUUUGCUGAGAUAAAAAGCAAUGUAUUUAAGCGAUACAGCAAAGACAACAUUCAUAGUCUGGUAUACUUUGAUUCAGUAGAGAGAUUCCACAUUUCAGCUUUUGUCUUAUUCGUUUUAGCUCAAAACAUUCUGGAGGCUGAGGGUCCCUGGUUUGAAAGUUUUCUUUCUAAUGCUCUCUUGGUAUACGUCUGUGAAAUGAUUAUUGAUAUCAUAAAGCACUCAUUUAUUGCUAAAUUCAAUGACAUAAAGCCCAUUGCAUACUCUGAGUUUCUUGAAGACCUCUGCAAGCAGACUUUAAAUAUACAAACAGAGGCUUCAAAGAAAAAUCUCACAUUCAUUCCUCUGGCACCAGCUUGUGUGGUCAUCCGAGUGCUUACUCCAGUGUAUGCUGCUCGCCUUCCCUACAGUCCCCUUCCGUGGAAACUCUUUUGGAUUCUUGUCCUGUUUGCCAUGACCUAUGUUAUGCUGACAAGCCUCAAGGUGUUGAUAGGCAUGGGCCUCCAGAAACAUGCCAGUUGGUAUGUCAAUAGGUGCAGGAGGAGGAAACACCAUCUUCAUUAUGAUUGA